AUGGGCCACACAGGUUCGAUUCGGGAAGCGAGCGGCGAACAGCUGGGCCUCGUCUGUGCGAUUCGGCUAGAGGAAAGGUUGGCUCUUCUAUCUCCAAAAUUUCCUUCCAAAUGGCGCUACACAUUCACCUCUUUUCACGAUCAACCAUUUCCACCAUUUCCAUCAUUUUUUUGGCCAUUUCGAGCGACUCUGGGCUCUUUUUGUGCUCGUUCGAUUAGCGGUGUUCACUCGAUGGCACUAAAAAACUUGACAAGCGCUGAUAAAAGGAUCGAUUUGGGGAAAAAAGAUGGAGAAGAAACAAGCACUAAACCCACGAAAAGGAAUUCCUUCACCCAAAAAUUAUCGUGGCUGUUGCGGGUUAUUGGUUUCUUUUUGAUUUCAUUUGUGAAUUUAUUCUUUUUGCUAUUCAUUCAAUAUCGUCUUUUCGUUGUUCCAAAGCUUUUCGAUGGUGCAUUGCAAUGGAUCAUCUCCAUUUUCUCCCUAACAUUGUGCAUUUUUCUGUUCAUUGGGUUGAUUUUUGGUUUGCGGAGUGAAAAGCCGUUAUACAUGCAAGUUUACAUCAUUCAAAUGAUCCUAGCUUCAAUAUAUUUUCUGAUAAUCUUUAUGAUAUCAUUUUAUUUGAUUGGGAUGAAUGUUGGAACUGAUCCUAAUCAUCCGGGUGCUUUGGAUUUGUUGAUUGCCAUUGCUCAAUUAGUAUUCUAUGUACCGUUUUCUAUAUGGAAUUGCCUCCUAACUUAUUUACAGUAUGCGUAUUUGAGAGAUAAACAGUUGUAUCUCGAGAGAAAAACGAUGUCAAUGGAGGGGCUAAGGAUUGAAGGGAUUGAU